AUCACAUGCAAAUAGGAGUUAGAAGGGGACAUGGACAAAAUGUGCUAUGCUAAAAUGCCAAUGUUUGAUAACAAUUCUUCCUUCUACUUCUUUCUUGUCUUCCUAGCUAGCUAGCACAUGAAUUCUAUAGUUUGUGGCGUGGAAAACACUAUAUAUAAGAGAAGAAACCAAGCUUGCUUUAACCCAUUUUUCACUAACUCAAACACUAUGGAAGCAACUCAUCCUCUUUCAAUUGAAAGUUUUUCAUAUAGCUGGUUAGUAAACCUUAAACCAUCACUAGAUCAAACCCUUGAAACUUCUUCCUUUAGAAUUUCUCUUGAUGCUUCUGAUGAACUAGCUUCUUCUUUCAUUGAAAUGGAUCCAAGAAUGCCACCUUCUAGAAGGUUCUUUAUAACCUCACAAGAUUUCAAAUUUGACUUUCCAACUUCACAACAAUCUUCUCUCACUACUCUUGUUCAUGCUGAUCAACUCUUUUCCAAUGGUUACUUAAUGCCACUUUUUGAUGAAUCAUUGAAGAAUAUUGAACCAUAUGAAUAUGAUUCAUCAAUCUCAAAUUCAACCUUACCUUCUUCUUCCAUAUCACAUGUACCAAAAAAUGUGAUUCCUAUAGAAAAUUCAAGAAGCCCUUCAUUGAAAAGGUGUAGAACACUGUCAAGGAGAAUGUUUCAAAAGUAUUUGAAUUUCUUAAAACCUUUCUGUAGAAAAUUGAGGGGUCAAAACCCAGGAUUAAAGCAUGAAAAUGGUAUGAAAAGAACUCAAUCAGUGAAGAAUUAUAGAGGAAAUUAUUGUGAAUCAUCUCCAAGAAUUAGUGUUGCUUGUUCCACGGACUAUUCGCGCAUGUCUUGUGAUUCAGAUAGUUCAAUCUAUGAAGCUGUUCUUCAUUGCAAAAGAUCUAUUGAAAGAAUGAGUUAAGAUGUGUCUGCUACCUCAACAUGAACACGAUUAAGACUGCAUCAGCUGCAGACGAGUAUCUUAUAGUAAAUAAGUUUAGGAUUGUGAGGCAUUAUUUAAACUGAUUAUGGGAUUGGAAAUGUAUGCUAAAGAUGAAACUGAUGAAUCACUAUGUAUAAAUUAUACUAUUUAGUUAUUCACUCUAUUGUUGAUUACUCUCCAAAAUCUAUGUAUGACAUGCAUUGAAUGUGUUUUUUUUAUUA